CUAGUGUCACGCCCCGAUAAUUUCUGUGACACGAGGAGCAGCAUUUGAAGUGGCCAAAUGUGCUGGAAGGAUCCGGAAGGAGCCAGAACGGGCUAGAGUAUGCUGGAAGACUCUAGAACGUGGUGGAAGGGUCCCGGGUGGCCUAGAAGAUUCUGGAACGUGGAAGAACCUUGAAGUGUCCAGAGAAGCCUGGAUGUGUCUGGAACAUCCUAGAAUAUCCUGGAGAAGCCUACCAUGUACUACACUAGUCUAAGAGAGUUCUAGAAUGUAGUAGAUAGGGUAGAUGUCCUAGAUAGUUCUAUGGAAUGUUCUAGAUGAGAGUUUGUAGCCCUUGGAUCAAAAUGAUCCUAGCCGUCCAUUAGGGAGGAGGAUGGCUAUAUAAGGGGGAAGGGUCUCAUUUGUAGGAUCACCAAGGAGUGGAGAUCCAAGAGAGCACUUGUAAGUGUGAGUGUGAGAGCCUUAUAAAGCUUUGUACACAACUAUACUUGUAAAGUUAUCUUGUAUAGUGAAGGCAUUCUUCCACCUAAAUCUUGUGUGUCUUAGUGUGGGUUGAGUGGAUAAGGCUGACUUAGGUGCAACCAAGAGGGUUGGAGACAUCUAAGGCCGCACGGAAGGCUUGCGAAGUCUAAGUCCGUGACAGUUGGUAUCAGAGCAGGUUACGUGAGAAGGUAACCAAGCGAGGUGUACAUGGCUACGUCAGGAGACGAAGGUGCUAAUGUCCCCAAGGUGAAGAAGCUCUCAACAAAGGACUCGAUGGCAGCAUUGGAGGCACGACUCGAGGGGAUGAUGGAGCAUGUGGAAGAACGGUUCACUAGACUUGAGGAAGCUCUAGUUGGCCCUGGUAUGCCCACAUCCCAUGUUGAAAAGUUCUUCUCUCACUUUUCUAAGCUUACUGCCAGGGUGGACGAGUUGGUUGUUCGGGUAGAAGAGUUGGAGGAGAAGGUUGACUCCUUCGAAGAAAGGGUGAACUCGUCUCUCUCAGAGGUAGUUAGAGACAGUCCCACCGAACGGAAGGCCCUAGAGGCGAGGGUGGCUAGCUUGGAAGUGGAGUUGGAGUUGUGCAAGAAGGCCAUCGUUGCUGGCAAUGGAGGGAAUGUGGCUCCAACCAGGAAAAAGGUUCGUGCGCCAGAACCUAAGAGCUAUGAUGGUGCAAGGGAUGCCCGGGAGAUUGACAACUUCAUUUGGAACAUGGAGCGGUACUUUGAGAAUGUCGACAUCGUGGAUGAAGACGAGAAGGUGCAGACCGCCACCAUGUAUCUGAAGGACACUGCCAUGCUAUGGUGGAGGAGGCGGUAUGCCGACAUGGAAAAGGGGUUGUGCAAGAUAGAGACUUGGGCUGAGCUCAAGAGAGAGUUGAAGAAGCACUUCUACCCUGUCAAUGUCGAGUACCAGGCAUACAGGAAGCUGCGCAAGCUAAAGCAUGU